AUCGUUGUAUGUAUUGACGGCAUCGCAGUGGUUCGUGAUCAUGUUGUGCUAAUUACGUAGUCCACGUAGAGUGGAAAAACGCUGAAUAUUUAAUUCAGUAAAAGAAAAAUAUCUAGUGUGUUGGACGUGUGUUGUGUAAUGCAGAAAUGCAUGAUAGUAAGUUAAUUGUACUGUGAAUUCAAUCUCAUGUUUCGCCGUACGAAAAAUGAUGGAUUGCAAGAUUAUGUUCAAGUCCCGCUUUGGGAUACCCCGGAAACGGAAACAAAGUAUAGUAAAACUCAUUCCAACCCGGAGGAGAGUGGAUUACAAGGAUUGAGCGAAGUCGGCGUAGGCGCAGGAGAUAUGUGGAUCAGUGCGGUUGAGAGUUCUAUACUUAGCUGGGAGGAGGUGGCUGAUCGUCUGCAAGUGGAUGUCAGACGGGGUCUAUCAUGGCGAGACGCAAAUGAUCGUAUGAACUUCGUGGGUCCCAACGAGUUCCAGGUGAAAGAGGAAGAUCCAUUAUGGAAGAAGUACAUCGAGCAGUUCCAGAACCCUUUGAUACUUCUGUUGUUAGGAUCCGCUGUCGUAAGCAUUUGUAUGAAGCAAUUCGAUGAUGCGGUGUCCAUAACAGUGGCAAUCAUGAUCGUGGUAACGGUAGCUUUCGUCCAGGAGUAUCGAUCUGAGAAAUCUCUUGAGGAACUGAAUAAGCUUGUCCCGCCCAGUUGCAAUUGCCUCCGAGAAGGUAGCCUCGAACAUUUUCUGGCAAGAAACCUAGUACCAGGCGACAUAGUGCAUCUAAAUGUUGGCGACCGGGUACCAGCCGAUCUAAGAUUGUACGAAUCGUCUGAUUUGGCAAUUGAUGAAUCGUCAUUCACUGGUGAAACAGAGCCGGCAGUGAAAAGUGUUCUGCCGAAUAAAGCAUCCGCUGGAAGAGUGAACAAAGACAACAUUGCGUUUAUGGGGACACUGGUUAGGUGUGGGAAUGCUAAGGGUAUAGUAGUCAGCACUGGCGAGCGAUCUGAAUUUGGUGACAUAUUCCGUAUGAUGCAAGCCGAAGAAGCUCCAAAAACACCUCUUCAACGAUCAAUGGAUACCCUUGGAGCUCAAUUAUCGCUGUACAGUUUCUGCAUCAUUGGCUUCAUCAUGGUGGCUGGAUGGCUUCAGGGCAAGGCUUUGCAGGAAAUGUUUACUAUUGGAGUCAGUUUGGCUGUGGCUGCCAUACCAGAAGGUCUGCCCAUAGUAGUGACAGUGACACUAGCACUAGGAGUGAUGCGUAUGGCCAAACGGAACGCGAUUGUCAAAAAACUACCCACGGUUGAAACUCUUGGAUGUGUCAAUGUCAUUUGCAGUGACAAGACAGGUACUCUUACCAAGAAUGAAAUGACAGUGACAACUCUUUCAACGUCCGGGGGACAUAUAGCAGAAGUGUCAGGUUCCGGAUACAACUCCAAAGGGGACAUUCAGCUAAGAGCUUAUAAAGGCCGAGACCUGGAUAUUGCCAGGAUGGGAGUCAAUAGUAUGCUGGAGGUUGGUAUAUUAUGCAACAACGCACAUAUAAGGGAUGAAGUAUUGUUCGGACAACCCACAGAGGGCGCUAUACUUGCGUGUGCGCUUAAAAACAAUAUGGAGGACAUACGUGAAACUUAUACACGCCUGAACGAGAUACCGUAUAGCUCUGAAACAAAGAUGAUGGUGGUGAAAUGUGCUCCCAAAUUUAACGAUGGGCAACACAAAGAAGAGGUAUUCGUUAAAGGGGCGAUUGAGAAAGUGUUGCCACUUUGCACACAUUACAUAGACAGCGCUGGCAACUAUGCACCUAUGAGUAAAGAGAAACAGACCGACUUUAUGAAUGAGGCUUAUAAUAUCGCUAGGAUGGGUCUACGUAUAAUCGCGUUAUGCCGCGGUAGCAGUCUUGAAUCGUUGACGUAUACGGGCGUGUGUGGUGUCUGCGAUCCUCCCCGCGAGUCCGCUCGUACGGCCAUCGCCGCCUUACGAAGAUCUCAAGUGCAGGUCAAAAUGGUCACUGGGGACGCCAGGCCUACUGCACUUGCUGUUGGACAAAUGGUGGGUUUGGAUGUUCUCCAUUCGCAGUCCCUGUCUGGAGAACAGCUGGAUUCAAUGUCUGACGAUGAACUGGACGCAAUCAUUGAUACCGUGAGCGUAUUUUACCGGGUAACGCCAAAGCACAAGUUAUGUAUCGUGAAAUCACUUCAACGGCUUGGAAAUAUAGUUGGAAUGACAGGCGAUGGGGUAAAUGACGGCGUGGCAUUGAAACGCGCGGAUAUCGGAAUAGCGAUGGGACAAAAUGGAACAGACGUUUGCAAGGAAGCCGCUGACAUGAUACUUGUUGAUGAUGAUUUUGCUACUAUUAUAUCCGCAAUCGAAGAAGGAAAGUGUAUAUUCUACAAUAUACGGAACUUCGUGCGUUUCCAACUGUCAACAUCAAUCGCUGCGUUGUCGCUUAUCGCUCUCGCUACUCUAAUGGGCAUACCUAAUCCACUGAACGCCAUGCAAAUAUUGUGGAUUAAUAUUAUUAUGGACGGUCCCCCAGCUCAAUCGCUGGGAGUAGAACCUGUAGACCACGAGGUGUUAAAACGCAAACCACGUGACACAACGCGACGGAUAAUCUCCCGCGCAGUACUUGGUUCGGUAUUGCUGUCCGCUGCCAUCAUCAUAGCUGGUACUCUGUGGGUGUUUAAUAGGGAGAUGUCUGACAACAAAAUAACCCCACGCGAUACGACGAUGACAUUCACAUGCUUCGUCUUGUUCGACAUGUUCAAUGCACUGUCGUGUCGUUCGCAGACCAAGUCGAUAUUCGAAGUGGGACUAUUUUCCAAUAAAAUGUUCCUGAUAGCGGUGUCGCUAAGUUUGGUAGGACAAAUGCUGGUCAUCUACUUCCCGCCGUUACAAAGGGUGUUCCAGACCGAAGCACUUACUGGACAUGAUCUGAUAUUCCUAGUGUGCUUGACGUCAAGCGUGUUCAUAGUCAGCGAAGCUAAAAAACUAAUAGAGCGUACGAUCAAGAGGCGGUCCUUCCCAAAGUUUUCGACGAAGGCCCGCGAUGCGAUGGAUUUUGUAUGACAGGAGCCCGAGAAAAUGGAUUAGGCGAGUCUGACAUGUGUCACACUGACACCUGUCAGUAUGAGGCGCGUGACAGUGGCUGUCAGUCUGACGCGGCCCGACAUGACGUAUGUCAAGCCGAAACGCGUCAGCCUGGCAGCAGCCGCGCCUUCGUUGUGUUAGAUCUGCAGGACAGUAACGAAGACGCUAAGCGUCAUAAAAAGUUUAAACUGUGCAAACACUUAUUUAAAACUAAUAAUUAUGAACCAGUGAAUGACUCGUGUAUAAGUGAUACCCGCUUUAGUAAGAAGGGACAAAUUGUGUCGAGGUCGUGUCAAACAGACCCGUUGGAUAACGUUGUAUGGAUGCUGGAUGAGUGCGAUAUCGACAGACCAAUUUUUGUUAGACGAAAAUCGACUAAGCGUGACAAACACAGGAACCAAGCUUCUAAAGAAUUUAAGUCUGAGAAAUCGGAUGAGCCCAGUAAAAGUGAAAUCAAAGACCCUCUCUCUCAUUCUGUUGUCACUAAUGUGUCACUAACACAGCAGCCAAGACCAAUUUCUUUGAUUGAUGAAGCUAUGACGUCAAACGAGAGUUGUCAGACGUCCUUCAUCGAUACACGUGUGACAAGUGACAUAUGUCAAAAUGUGAUGUUUGACAUCCCGUUGAGACCUCUAGAGGGUCCUUCUGACAGAUGUCAGAUCAAUGACACACCGUUGACAGGUGAUAGGCCUAAAGACCGAGAGAGCGAUAAAUCAGAUCAAGGACCAUUUGCUAUUUACGAUGGCAAAAUUAAUAUUCCAAUGCGUUUUUAAUGUUAAACAUUAUUAGAUGUAUACAUUUUUCAUUUUCAAUAUGAAUGGCUUAAUCGGUUUUUGUUGUAAGAAUGGAUCAAAUAAUAUUAGU